UUCUUGAGCAGCUGCACUGACUUGUGAGGGUUUCAGCUGCUGGGACUCGUUUCAUUUGCCUGCUUGUCCUCAGCCAAGUUUCACUCCUUUUGAGAUUCCUCCAACUCACACUUUCUCCUUCAGCUGCUUCCAGGAGAAUAAUGGCAAUCUUGCACAAAGGAUCCACAUGGGCAGCUCUGCACAUCCUUUGACGCCUACAGACCGCUUCAACAAGCCAUAGACUAAACCAGGAGCAUCUGGUGGGCAGAACAUAUCCAGAUUCCUCAUGGAGAGGAGGGCCCACUACGAUUCUAUCCUGGACCGAAGCAAACGCAUCACGUGGCAGGACGACUGCUACGUGGACCUUCAGUCUGCGCCCUGCUCCGUCUCUUCAAAAGGAGAAACAGAGGAUAUUGGCUGGAUCCAAAAGCACCAAGACCAGCUGCAACGCUUCAUCACCACCUCCUUCUUGGAGGAGAUGAUAACACACAUGAGAACCAUGGAUAUGUUGAGUUCAGCUGAAGAGACAAAGAUCAAGGAGGCGGGCCGGCUGCAGGAACAGGUCAACAUGUUCACAACAAUCGUUUCUGGCAAGGACUCUCAAGGGUCUGACGCUCUCCGGGCCUUCGUUAAGAGCUCAGACUCUCAGGUGGCCCAGCUCAUCAUCAACCACGACUCCAUUUUGAAGGAGCACAAAGAGGCCCUCUUACGGCGAUACGAGCAGCACAGAGAGCGGGAUUCAAUCAGCUGCCCCAAACUGAACAUCUCCUCCAGGACAUUACUCCUGGUCGAUGGACUUUCCGACAUCCAGCAAAAAGAACACGACUUAAUGCAGGUUGGGGCGACUCGAGGAAGGAAGAGAAAUCAUCUCAGACAGCUGGGGCUUACCAAACUCUUGGAGCCCUUGACCCGUGUUAGUUUACCUCCCCGGGUCUCCCUCACAGUCGGGGUGGCUGGUAUCGGCAAGACAACGUGGAUCCGACACUUCAUCAGACAGUGGAGUCAAGGAGCCAUCUGCACCGAUGUGAGCUUUGUCUUGCCUUUCACUUUUUGCGAGCUGAACUCCCUGGAGAAAGUCUCUGCUGAGAGGCUGGUGAAAAUGGCUUUUCCUCAUCUGACUGACCCCAGUCUGGUCCUGAGCAGCUCCUGCCGCACACUGCUCAUACUCGACGGCUUGGACGAAUUUCGCUGCACACUAAAUUUCUCCGAUGCAGCACCGUGCAGCGACCCAAAGAAAGAGGUGUCCAUCGACGACCUGGUUACUAACAUCAUCCGGGGGAAUCUGCUCCCUGACGUAGCGGUGUGGGUGACCUCCAGGCCCGGGGUGGCCUCGCUAAUCCCUGGAGGAUUGGUUGACAGGGUGACUGAAAUCCCAGGAUUCAGCUCAAAGGACAUCCAGCUCUUCCUAAACCACCACUUCUCAGAGAGGGAUUUUGCCAGUAAAAUAUGGGCGCACUUGGAGUCCAAUAAGAUCUUAAUGGUGAUGUGCUACAUACCGUGCAUUUCGUGGAUAGUAGCGGACACUCUGAUGUACAUCAUGCAGAGUGAAACGCAAGAAAGCCUCCCCAGGACGUGUACCGAGCUCUACGCUCACUUUUGUUCCAUGAAGGCAGAAUUAGGUGAACCAAGAGGCAGGGAGCCUGUGAAAAUGGAACAGCUUCACGGGAGCAAUCGUAAACUGCUGGGAAACCUUGGGCGUCUGGCGUUUUACGGGCUAAUCAAACACAAGUACACCUUCAGCGAGCAGGACCUCAGGGCCUACGGGAUAGACCUGCUGUUGACUCAGUGCAGUCUGGGGGCUGGAGUUCUUGUUCGGGAGGAGUCAGCCGUGUCCACGACGUACAGCUUCACUCAUUUGACUCUGCAAGAGUUUCUUGCAGCUACUUUCUACCACAUCUCCUCCAAGCGGGCACUCUUUGACUUAUUCUCAGAGAGUACCAUGUCUUGGCCCAAAAUCGGUUUCCAGAACCACUUCAAAAGUGCCUUCCAGCACUCGCAGCAAGCUGAAGACGGUCACCUGGAUGUGUUUGUGCGCUUCCUGACAGGCCUGCUGUGUCCGAUGGCAAUAAAGCCUCUCGCUGGGCUUCUCGCUCUCGGGAAGGAUGAUGGGAACCAGAAGGCGUGGGCAGCGGGGUUUUUACAAGGCCUCUUGGUCAGUGGGGGUGCAGUGGUGUCCCUGCGGUCAGUCAACCUGGCUUAUUGUUUACAGGAGCUGCAGCACACAGAGCUGCUGCGGAGCGUAGAGGAAGAUUUACAGCUCGGCAGCCUGGCUGGGAAGUUAACACGUGCUCACUGUGUUGUGCUGGGCUACCUGCUGCACGUGUCUGCAGAGUGCAGUGAACAGACCAACCUGACCGGCUCCCUGAACUACGCUACGGUCAAAUGUUUGCUCCCACAGCUGCUGUACUGUAGCUUUCUCAGGUUAGAGAACAAUCACUUUAAAGAUGAUGUCAUGGAGCUGCUGGGAAGCCUGUUAAGUGCUAAAGACUGCCAUAUUCAGAAAAUAAGUUUGGCAGAGAAUGCUAUCAGCAACAAAGGUGCCAAAGCUCUGAGUCGAGCCCUCUUGGUGAACAGGACGCUGACGUCUCUCAAUCUCCGGAACAACAACAUCGGCUCUAAAGGUGCAAAGUUCCUGUCUGAGGCUCUAAAAAUGAACCAAGUCCUGGUAUCAAUCAACUUCCAGAAUAAUGCGAUUGAAGAGGAAGGUGCUCAGGCUCUCGCAGAAGUGCUGCACUGCAACCGCAAACUGGUGUCUCUGAACUUACGGAAGAACAUGGUUGGAGCUGGAGGAGCCAAAAGGAUUGCAGAGGCGCUGAAGACCAACCGCACCCUCACAAAACUGAUUCUUUGUAGUAACCAGCUCGGGGACAAAGGAACAGUUGCUCUGGCCGAGGCUCUGACAGUGAACCACACGCUGCUGUUGUUGCAACUUCAGAGUAACUCCAUCAGUAACAAGGGGAUGACGGCGUUAACCAAAGCACUCAGGCUGAACCGCGGUCUGGUGUCCUUGAAUUUGAGGGAGAACUCCAUUGGGGUCGAGGGGGCGAAGAACAUGGCCCAUGCCCUCCAUGAGAACAACUCGCUACAGGACCUCGAUCUCACAGCCAACCUCCUGCAUGAUGAAGGGGUUCAAGCUAUAGCCGGCGCAAUCAAAGUGAACCGAGGACUCACCUCUCUGCAUCUCCAGUGGAAUUUCAUUAAGUCUUCUGCCACCAAAACUCUGGCCCACGCUCUCCUCACUAAUGCCACAAUUCAGCUCUUGGAUCUACAGGAGAACGCUAUAGGGAAUGAAGGCGUCAUUUUUCUCGCCGAAGCCCUGAAAACCAACAUGUCCCUGCGUACAUUGUGUCUCCAGGGAGUCUCAGCAAGCACAAGUGGUGCCAUUGCACUGGCGGAGGCUCUAAUGACGAACCAAGCUCUGCAAACACUGGAUCUGCGAGGGAACACCGUGGGGAUGGAGGGAGCAAAGGCUCUGGCAAACUCACUGAAAAGCAACAGAAGCCUCAAGUCUUUGAAUCUGCAGGAGAACUCUCUGGGUAUGGAUGGAGCCAUAUUCAUUGCAACAGCCUUGAAAGGAAACCACCAAUUGACGUACAUCAAUUUGCAGGGCAAUGGCAUUGGGGAAUCAGGAGCAAAGGUCAUAUCUGAUGCUAUUCGAGCCAACGCACCGGGCUGUGUGGUUGACAUCUGAUUGAAGAAACAGAGCGCGUUGUCUACUGUGGAACGUUGCAUGUGUAAAAUAGAGAGACAAGUGUGCAGUUUUAUCACAUGAAGGUGUAUGUAAUUAAGUCAAAGCUAUUUGUGGGUACUAAAUAUCACUCUGUAAAUGUUUCACUGUGUUUUAAGAUAGAUGUUCACAUAUUUAUUAUGACAUUAUUGUUGUUGCCAUAAGGAAUGGAAAAACGGUGGCACCACAUUUCAAUUUUAAAUACACUCAGCAUCCAUCAUUACUUCUCUUUUGUUAAGUCAUUCUGUACGUUUGCUCUAUUUGCACAAGAAGAUUUGUUAAAGCAUAAAAUGGACACUGUUAUUCA